GAGUGUGGUUAAUACCACUGAACUGUACCCUGAAAAGUGGGGAGCCCGCCCGUCAUGUCCAGGUGAGACAGAGGGGCGCCGUACUGAACAUGCUUAGGAGGCUGGACAGGAUCAGGUUCAGAGGCCACAAGAGAGAGGACUUCCUUGACCUAGCAGAGUCCCCAAAUGCCUCGGACACUGAGUGUGGAGACGAGCUCCCUCUGAAGAUCCCUCGGACCUCACCCCGGGACAGCGAGGAGCUCAGGGACCCUGCUGGUCCAGGGACCCUCAUCAUGGCUGCAGGGGUCCAAGACUUUAGCAGGACAGAGUGUGAUCGGCUGAAUGAGAUCAAGGGUCACCUGGAAAUCGCUUUACUGGAAAAACACUUCCUACAGGAGGAGCUCCGGAAACUCCGAGAAGAAACCAACUCGGAGAUGCUGCGGCAGGAGCUGGACCGGGAGCGGCAGCGGCGGAUAGAGCUGGAGCAAAAGAUGCAGGAGGUGCUGAAAGCCAGAUCCGAGGAGCAAACUGUUCAGGCUCAGCAGCCACAGAAGGGGCAGAGCCAGGCCAACAACGGCACAGACCGACGCAGCCAGGGGCUGUCCUCCCGUGUGCGGAAGUGGUUCUAUGAGAGGUUUGGAGAGUACAUGGAGGACUUCCGCUUUCAGCCGGAGGAGAGUACAGUGGAGACAGAGGAGCCACUCAGUGCCCGCAGGUUAACUGAAAACAUGAGACGGCUGAAGCGUGGUGCCAAGCCUGUCACUAACUUUGUGAAGAACCUCUCUGCCUUAUCUGACUGGUACUCCGUCUACACCUCUGCUAUCGCCUUCACAGUAUACAUGAAUGCCGUGUGGCAUGGCUGGGCCAUCCCCAUGUUCCUGUUUCUAGCAAUUCUGAGGUUAUCCCUCAAUUACCUCAUCGCCAGGGGCUGGAGGAUACAGUGGAGCAUCGUGCCGGAAGUGUCAGAAGCUGUGGAACCUCCUAAGGAAGACCUGACCGUAUCUGAAAAGUUCCAGCUGGUGCUGGAUGUCGCCCAGAAGGCCCAGAAUCUCUUUGGCAAGAUGGCCGACAUCCUGGAAAAGAUCAAGAACUUGUUCAUGUGGGUCCAGCCUGAGAUCACGCAGAAGCUGUAUGUCGCGCUGUGGGCCGCCUUCCUGGCCUCCUGCUUCUUCCCCUACCGCCUGGUGGGACUUGCUAUAGGGCUCUAUGCCGGCAUCAAGUUUUUCCUCAUUGAUUUUAUCUUCAAACGCUGCCCAAGACUACGAGCCAAGUACGACACACCCUACAUUAUCUGGAGGAGUCUCCCCACAGACCCCCAGCUCAAGGAGCGCGCAGGUGCCACCGUGUCACGCAGGCUACAGACAACCUCAUCUCGGAGCUACGUCUCUAGUGCGCCGGCCGGCCUGAGCAAAGAUGAAGAUGCUGGCCGGUUCCAUAGCACCAAGAAGGGCAAUUUCCACGAAAUCUUUAACUUGACCGAAAAUGAGCGUCCACUGGCAGUGUGUGAGAAUGGCUGGCGCUGCUGCCUGAUAAACAGAGACCGGAAGAUGCCCACAGACUACAUCAGGAACGGGGUUCUGUACGUGACAGAAAAUUACUUGUGCUUCGAAAGCUCCAAAUCUGGGUCAUCAAAGAGGAACAAAGUCAUCAAGCUAGCAGACAUCACAGACAUCCAGAAGUACAAGGUGCUGUCUGUCCUCCCAGGCUCGGGCAUGGGGAUUGCUGUAUCAACACCAUCGACCCAGAAACCACUAGUGUUCGGUGCCAUGGUGCACAGAGACGAGGCCUUCGAGACCAUUUUCAGCCAGUACGUGAAAAUUACAGCAGCGGCAGCCUCUGGCGGCGACAGCUAGUAUUGAGUCCCAGCAGCGCUGGACUCCUUUCUAACAGUUCGUAGCAGAACAGAUCGCACAUCCUCACGAUCUUUUGCAAUACUUCCCUGGACCUGUGGUUUCUGUUGUGUUGGCCCGGGUUCUGCGGACCCCUUCACAGAGGGGCUGGGGCUCACGAGGACAGUGCCUGGCUGCCCCCAGGUGGGUACAAGGCACCUUAGUGGACACAGGCUGGCAGAGGAUCCUUGGGGCCUGUUGGAAGGACAACAUGCAGGAUAGUUGCUGGCAGGCCGUGCCAAGUACAGCUCCUCACUCUCCAUCCCAGCCUGGGUACAGAUCUGGCACCAGCCACCCCAAGAGGCUCUUGUGACUCUGCGACUCAGCUCUCUGAAGGCCAGAGGCUAUCCCCCAUCAAAGCCAUAGCUGAGCGGGUUUGUGGUCCCCUCCUGCGGGGUUAGUAAGAUGAUGGUGAGGAGUAGCAUAUAGGCCCCUCAUCGACCACCAGGAAAUGGCCAGCUGGUCUCCCUCAGUCUUCGGGCAAGACCCUCCUGCUGUGCCCGUCCUCAGUGAGGGGCUGAGUGGGGGUUGGGCACGGCCUGACCUCCAUGCUGAACCCAUGUAGGGAGCCAUGAGUCUGGUGGAUAGGGCCUGUCAGGGCCAGGUGUGUUCAGGGCACCUCCCUCUCUCCAUCUGCGGUGUCUGGACCUUCCUGGCCUACCAUCCACCUGUGCGUCUUGGCCACGAGGCCUGUUGUGGUAACCAGGGUACAGAAUGGCGUGUAGGUAAAAGCACAUCUUUUUAACACUUUGCUCUUUGGAAAGGCCCAGGAAAGCAUCAGGAAGGCUCUUUUGGGGUGCUCUAAGCUUUGUUUGCUCUCAGGUGAAAAUCAACCAUAGUCUGACUGGCGUUUGGCCUCCAGACUGCAACCACACAGGCUGCUGGGGUGGGGUGGGGCCAGGCCAGGUGACAGGUGGAGGCCCAGGCUGCAAACGCCCUGCCUGUGGCACUGCCGGGGAUGCCUGGGAGGGCCCUCUGCCAUACGGAGCAACUGGAGCAGAGCCCAGAGGUGGGGGCCUGGAGCACCCCACACCCUGACACCUGACAGUAUUCCCUCUCCAUGCUCAGCAGUCGCCAGGCUGGGCAGUCCACUCCCCACUCCAGGGAAACCCAGGUGCUCAGCCUAGUGCUGCCGGAACAACAGGCUCUCCUGGAGCACCUGCAGGAGCACCUUGAGGGCUCCAUCCGAGUUUGGUUUUAAAAUAAGAAACCUGGAAUCGAGUCGUAGCAUGGGCCUUAGCCUCUGAAGGGUGCCACCAUCUCUCUGCCUGCAUGAUUUCUGGGCGGAUUGCGGAGUCCUUCAGGUGUCAUUGAGAUUGUUGUUUUUUUGAAGAAAUAGAAGAUUAUAUUUUUUACAGAGAGCAAGCUGUUUUUCUUAUUUUUGUAUCAUUUUUCAGAUGUAAUUUUUACCUUUGCUCUGAUCCUCAUUUGCUGGGUUGGGUGUGAGACCUGAUGGCUUGGGCUUGUGAUACCCCCUUCACAGGGGCUUGUGAGGUCACACAUUGGUGAGGAGCAGGGCACGCCAACCAGCCCGAUCAAGCACACAUCCCACUCCAAACAGAGACGGCCACGCGGCUCCCUGCUACGUGCAUGUCACCCCUGGAUGACUCUGCACUCCAGCCUCUUGUACAUGAAGGCCAAACCUUUGGUCCCUGCAGUAGACCCGUGUCCUCAAAUGCACACAGCAGAGCAGGGGGACCCAGUGGAACCCCAAGGUGCCCAAGGGGAGGCAGGUUUGUCCCAACCUAUCCCCGGAGACAACUGUGGGGUGAUGCCCACAGGCAGUGGUCCAACCUUUGCCAGGGCCCUGGUAGUGCCUCCUUAUAGGCACACGGGACGCCGUCCCCAGCACCGUGGGGGAGCCUGAGCAGAAUGGGGCUUCAGCAGCAGAGUAAGUGGUUUAGUUCGAGUCCCUUUUACAGUUUACAGAGAAAGGGAGAUGAAGACUGACCACAUGCCAAGUGUGGCCACCUGGCUCCCUAUGGGGCGAACAGAGGCAUGUCAGGGAGGUAAGGGUUGGCUCCAAGUUACGCAGCUGGCCCGUAGCAGGUCCUUGUGUGGGGCUGGGCCAGGUGCCUGCACAGGUUCCUGGCUCCUUGUUAGAGAGACCAUGGCUUUUAUUGGAUGGUGUAAAUCUGGGCAGAUAUUUAAUUUCUAUGACUAAACCACUAAGCUAGAUUGAAGGUUAAAUUUUGUAUGUGCAAAGUUUGAGUCUAUUUUGAUCUGUACAUAAUCAUUACCGGUGUAAAAGGAUUGUAUUCUAUGACGAACUGAUGAAGAAAUCCUCUGUCACAUUUUUUUUAAGAAAACCUUGUUUAAAUAAAGUCUUGUAUAAAUUAUAAUUUUAUUUAAAUAAACCUAAAAUGCUUUGUGCUAAGGCUCAGAGCCUACCACGUUCUUGGCAGAAUGUCUGGAUGUGGGUGGCUGGAAUGGCUGGGUGGCCUCCCUAAGGCCCUGCCCCCCAAUUCUUGGGGUGCUACAGUGUAGCAGGGGUUUGUGCACCAACGCCACCUUAGUGAAUGAAGGUUUGGGGAUUUAUGUGGGGGCCUGGGCAGUGGCACUUAUCUAAGCCAAGAAAGAGGCCUUCUGGGCCAUGGGUGUUGGGAGGCUGGGAGCAGAAGGCAGGCCCUGGGUCCCAGCAAAUGGAGGCCAGCCAGUAAAUGGGGCGGCUAGCAGGAGGACCACCCAAGGCUGGCACUGGGUGGAGAUGCAGGAUCUGGAAACCAGGCAGUGCCUUCGGGUUGUGGGGCAGGUCUUGGCCCCACCUAGUUGUGGUGUCCUGCCUGCCUGGGAAUCCUGGGCAGGAGGGUCCCCAGCAACACUUGUGGUUUGGUUGAUCUAGACAUGGACACUGGACACAGAGGGACAGAAGAACCCAUCUGACUUUUAACCCGGAGUCAAAUGUAGACCUGUGAGGGGCACACUGAUACUGCCUGGUCCCCCGUUCCUCUGCCCCACCAUGAGGCCACAUGAAAGUGAGGUUGCCUGGCUGGAGCCAAUAGUCACCUCACCUUGAGCGUGUGACCAAGUGCUGGGAGAGCAGAGAAGGGACAAAGUUCCCUGGGAACCUGGCAAAUAGGUACCCUUGGCCCUCCUGAGAGCACACCCUGCUAUGACUGUCCC